AUGGGCCGAGGACCCCCAAUUAUCGACUUUGCUCCUUUCUACGGGCAGGACCAGGUAGCGAAAUUAAAGCUCGAAGGCGAGAUUAGCCGUGCGUGUCUAGACUUUGGAUUCUUCCAACUGCGUAACCACGGCAUUCCUGUGGACCUUGACAAGGAAAUACUACGCCAAUCCGAGACUUUCUUCCGUCUACCGGGCGAAAUCAAGGACAAAUACAACAAAGAUGUUGGCGAUUUCAACCGCGGCUACGAACGAUUGCGAUCCCAGAACUUUGAAAAGCUCACCGAGGGAGACCUGAAGGAAGGUUAUUUUCUGGCAAAAGACCUUCCUCUUGACGAUCCCUAUGUCCAAGCGAGAAAAUGGGCUCAGGGGCCGAAUAAAUAUCCCUCUGAGGUCAAGGACCCUCAUCUAUGGAAGAAGACAGUCGAUGAGUACCAUUUUGCAGCGUCCCAGCUUGCGAAAAACGUACUGAGCGUUCUCUUUGACACUCUUGGAGGAGGACAUGAGUUUUUGGAUGAAUUUUGCGAGCAUCCGAUCGCCGUUCUGCGUCUGCUUCAUUACCCUCCACAAGAUUCUGACGCUUCGAAGUUAGAACGAGGUAUAACCAUACCUUCUCCUAGUAUCAAACGAGACUAUGCUGUUGGGAAUUUACUGACUAGUGAUUCAGGAAUCGGUGCUCAUACCGACUUUGGUGCCGUCACAAUCCUCCUUCAAGAUUCCACGGGGGGGUUACAAGUUCGUGAUCGCGCAACAGGGGAAUGGAUUGAUAUCCAACCGAUCUCAGAUGCUGUGGUCGUCAAUACUGGCAAUCUCAUGAUGUGUUGGACCAACGAUCGCUAUAUCUCUAAUCUACAUCGUGUUGUUAACAAGACUGGGAAGGCGAGAUACAGUGUGGCGUUCUUCUUCGACGGCAACCCGGACUUCAUAGUCAAGUGUCUUCCUAGUUGUAUUGAAUCAGGUGGGGUGGCCAAACACGCUCCUCUCACGGUGUCCGAAUGGAUGGAGGGACGAUAUGCAGAUACAUUUGGCGGGCUUGCGAAGAAGGCCACUAAAGAAAUGGUGGAGGUUUAA